AAAUAUUCACACAUAAAUCUUCAAAUCUUCAUUUACAUUCUCAAGAAAGACAAGUUAUAAGCUUUUAUACGUCUCUGUUUCACACUGCAAGAAUGUUAUCGAGGAUCUGCUUCGUACUUUUGUUAGUACUUCCGGCCAGUUUCGCUAAUAAGGUCAAAUGUCCUAUCAUCAUCGGCAGAAAUGAGUGGACCUCCGUUCCCGCUGGAGACGUGAACUAUUUAAUCGUGCCAAUACCUUAUGUAGUAGUACAACAUACAGUAACUCCCGAAUGUAAUACACGCGAGGCUUGUACAACGCGCGUCGACAACAUCCGCAGUUAUCAUAUGGACCAACUUAGCUGGGACGAUAUCGGUUAUUCAUUCUUAAUCGGUGGCGAUGGAAACGUGUACGAGGGAUGUGGAUGGACACGUGAAGGAGCGCAUACAUACGGAUAUAAUAAAAAAUCUAUUGGCAUAGCUUUCAUUGGAAAUUUCGAAAACAAACAGGCCAGCCAGAAAAUGUUAGACGUUGCACACCAAUUAAUUGAGUGUGGCAAAUCCCAAGGUAUUCUUCGAAGCAAUGUACGUGUAAUUGGUGCGCGACAAGUGCAGCAAACAGCCAGUCCUGGGUAUCAACUCUACGUACAGAUGCAAAAUUGGCCUGAAUGGACCAGGAAUCCUUAACUUAACAGCAAAUGAGAAAAUAUUUGUUUCUAUAUAAUUUUUAAACUGAUAUAUAUAUAUAUAUA